AUGUCCUCUCCGUCUUCCGUUCCUGAGCAACAACCCGGGUCCAACUUGCAAAACCGCAAAAGAUCAAACCCAUACGAUACCACGCAAGCCAGUCCUCCUGCGAAGAGAGUCAAGUCGACCUCUGUGGUGCAAAUCGCCUCGAACUUUCCCCCUCAAUUCUGGGACAGCCUGUCAAAAGUUUGGCUUACGCCUCGAGCCCUACGCGAAAAAGACCGGCGAAACGGUGCACAAAUUCCUGCUACAGUCUCGGCAGCUAGUGUAACACCGACAACUCUCGCUCGAUUUGCAAGACGCGGUGGACCAGAUCUUGGCCAUCUUCGAGGGUAUCCUGAACCGAAACACGCCGCACAAAUGAGCUCAAACCGAGCCUCCACAGCAUCAAGCCGACGGACUCAAUCCACAAAGGCCACAAGCGUUUCCUCGAAAGGCAAGCGAUCGUCUGCCUAUGACAAAGAUUUCGAGCAGAACUUGAUCGAUCACAAGAUUUUUCCGAAAGGAUACGAAUAUCCCGACGAUGAUUCGAUACCAGAGCCUAGCAAUUUGGACGAUAUUGUUGAGGCGUUGGCAGCUCCUCGGGCAUCGCUAUCGCCUUCUCAGUUUCCGCGCUCGAGAUUCAAGACCUUUGCCUUGGCAAACGACCGCGUAAUAUCUGAAGGCAAAGUGAUGAGCGGGAUACUUCCAACGAUAUGCGGCAACGCUGACAUCCCAAACGAGGGCAACCUCCCAUUCACGAACCUCGAUUCUAUAACUGAAGGAACUACUGUUGACGCCGUUCCCGACUUGUACGACGGGUCGUUCUCAAAAGACAUUAACAAGAGAGUUCAGCAAGAGUUGAACAAUACCAUCAUACCUACAAGUCACGGACGUGCUCCAGUGGUGCCAAACUUCUUCGUCGAGGCCAAGGCUCCACGCGGUGGCGCCGAUGUUGCAAAGCGGCAGGCGUGCCUGGACGGAGCCAUCGGGGCUCGUGCUAUGCACAGUCUGCAGAAUUAUGGCGAGGACGAGCCAGUCUAUGAUGGCAAUGCCCGCACAUUUAGCUCUACCUACCAUGCUGGCACCGGCACACUUCAGUUAUACGCCCAUCACGUCACUGAUCCGAGGGCUGGGGCAGAGCCACCGGAAUACCAUAUGACUCAACUUGACAGCUGGGGAAUGACCGGUAAUAUUGACACUUUUAGACGGGGGGCAGCUGCAUUCAGAAAUGCCAGAGACCUUGGUCGCCGACAACGAGAGACUCUCAUUCAGGCAGCCAACUCUAAAGCUUCGCAAGUGCUAGCGGCUCGAGCGGAGAAUACGGACCAGAUUUCCGACAACACCGCGCUGCAUGAAACUGCAUCUCAAGUCGAAGCGGCGACAUGGCAGGAUUCACACGAUGAGCUUCAACAACACAUUAGCAAGUCAUUUGUUGAAGACGGCGAAGACAAUGGCGAGGCACCUACCACUCCCGAGCAUCAUUACGCGUCCGACGAGCUAGAGGAGACCGACCAAAACACGGCAGGACCAGGGACGGCUGAUCCAUCGAUGAGCUUCGUGUCGAGCUUCACAACUCUAAGCACAGAUACCUCACGACUAAAACGUGCCCGAGAGCCAUUUAGCUCCCCUACACAAGGCAGACGCUCGUCGAAGAGCCGUUCACGAGCUACCGCAAGUCGGCGACCUGUUGCUUCGCCCACAGCUACUGCACCACCACCAGAGCUACGUGAUCCAUGUGUGUGA